GUUAAAAUGCAGAAAUGAACUGCUGCUGCUAGAGCUCUACGAAAAAUUAAGCAUUUGAGGCUAUCUAGCUUGCAAUGGCUCAACCCUGCUUCCUUCUGGUCUUGGGCUUCCUUUCCUUAUUUCUAAUAGGCUGCUCCAAGUAUGUUCUUGGGGAGGAGAAGGUAGCGAUAUUGCCUGGCUAUGAUGGUGAACUUCCUUUGGAGAUGUACACUGGGUACAUAACCGUGAACGAGUCAACUUCAAACAACUUCUUCUAUUACUUCGUGAAAUCUGAAAGGAACGCAACAGAGGAUCCUCUCAUACUCUGGUUAACAGGAGGUCCUGGCUGCUCCGGCUUUAGCGGCCUUGUCUUCGAGAUUGGUCCUUUGAAAUUUAAGGUAGAAGAGUACAACGGAAGCCUGCCAACCUUAGAGUAUAAUCCUUACUCAUUUACCAGGAUCGCAAGCAUAAUCUUCGUAGAUGCACCAACGUUCACCGGUUUUUCAUACUCAAAUUCUACUGCAGAUCACAUUACUGGGGAUUUCAAGAAUUUUGAAGAAGAUUAUGUGUUCCUAAAAAAAGUGGCUCGAACAGCACCCAGAAUUCCAAUCAAACCCACUAUACGUAGCUGGAGAUUCCUAUUCCGGCUAUAUCAUUCCUCCUCUGACCUACAAAAUAGCAACAGCAAUGGAGGAUGGUACAGGCACCAUUUUCAAUCUUAAGGGCUACAUGUUGGGGAAUCCAUUGACAGACUACAAUUUUGACGCUUCUAUAGUGCCAUUUGUCUAUGGGAUGUCACUCAUCUCGGAAGAACUGUACCAGGCGACGAAGAAGAGCUGCAAUGGGCAAUACUACCAUCCGU